AUGUAUACUCCUUUUGUUCCAUUUCAGCCAGCGACUCGUUUUAUGAACUAGAGCAUGGUCUAGGAGAAUACCCCGGUAUUGUUGUUGUUAGGGCUAAAAUGGAGUAUAAUGGUACAACUUUCUACGCAGAUGGAAUAGGAUCAGCACUUAAUGUAUUUUACGACUAUGAAAACGAAACAAACACCGGUUUGGUUUACGGUUACAGUGACUCAAAGAUUCGCGCAUGGGUGGACUCCUCAACGAAGGGAGCAAUAUUUGAUGGUAGAAAAGACACAUAUUUCGACAUGAUCGUGUCAGAAGCUCUACUUGAAAUUUAUGCAUGGAAAAUAUCAACGAUAACUCCUUUCUUCACAUAUAUGUUCCCGCUGGAUGAGGACAGAAUAUCGUAUGCUACCGAGUUUUUAAUGAAUUUUAAACUUGGUGACGGACUUACCUUGGCUACGGCACAGAUUAUGGACACAUCCAGUCAAAACAAAGACUUCCGUUUCCCAUCUUCAGCGUUCCUUGCGAGUAGAUAUGGUUAUAGCAUUUUCAACAACAAAACUGCUCCAAGAUGCGUAUUUGGUGGUUUUACGGCCGCUUAUGGAAAAGGAAGUUUGUUUUCGAUGACUGAGGAUAUUAAACUGUUCCUGUAUAAACCCAUAGACUACAAAACGUCAUAUGAAGAUUUUGGAGCUUUGUUAUGUAUACCUGACACAUUUGGGGGAGGAACAUAUGCCGAUGCAGCCCAAAAUGGCAUUGGAAUCCUGCAUAGCUGGAUAAAUGGAGACUGUGGUGAUCCUCCGGAAUAUUCAAAUGGAUAUUUGAAUACUACAGUAAAUGGUACAGAAUUUGGCGCCUUUGCCACAUUGGAGUGUUAUGACGGGUACUGGGCUUCCAAUUUCAAGUACAGUCAAUCAUUUUGUAAUGACGAGGGGAAAUGGCAAGCCUAUGGCCAGUGCAAGCCAAAUGGUGUGUAAAAUUCUUCUUCACUU